GAGAUGGCGGCCAAGGCUCCAGGGGGAGUGGAGAGCCGGGCCCGGGGUGAUGGAGGGGCUUCGAGUGCUGCUGUUGUGCCCGCCGGUGGCAGGGGUUCGCCCCCUGUCAGGGCGGAUUUGCAAAGUGUGUUGGUGACGAGUGUCCUGAAUUUGGAGAGGCUGGAGGUGGACCUGUACAGAGGAACACACCAUUGGAUCCCGAGGAGUCGCAUGUUAUUUGGUGGGCAGAUUGUUGGCCAAGCACUGGUAGCUGCUGCAAAGUCUGUACCUGAGAAUGUUUUUGCUCAUUCGUUGCACUGUUACUUUGUUCGUGCAGGUGAUCCCGAUGUGCCAGUUGUGUACAGAGUGGAUCGUACUCGAGACGGUAAAAGCUUUUCUGUCCGUUCAGUGAAAGCCAUCCAGCAUGGGCACCCAAUUCUAAUUUGCCAGGCUUCUUUCCAAAAGAAAAUUGAGAGCCCAAUUCAGCAUCAGUUUACCAUGCCGGUGGUUCCUGCCCCUGAAAACGUAUUAACCCAAGAGGAACUUAUUGAAAAAUACUUGAGAGAUCCAGAUUUAACAGAGAAUUAUAAAAUGGGUCUGACGAAAAUGUUAGCUGAAGAGGUUCCAAUUGAAAUCAAACCCAUAAAUCCACCAGAUUACUAUAGACGUAUACCCACAGAGCCUGUACAGAGGUUUUGGGUACGAGCACGUGGCUACAUAGGUGAUGGGAACAUGAAGUUGCAUUGUUGUGUUGCUGCCUACAUUUCUGACUAUUCCUUCCUGGCAACUGCAUUACUGCCUCACAUGAACUACAGGGUAAAGUUCAUGGCAUCCCUGGACCAUUCCAUGUGGUUUCAUGCCCCAUUCCGGUCUGAUGAGUGGAUGUUAUACGAAUGUGAGAGUCCUUGGUCUGGUGACUGCAGAGGUCUGGUCCAAGGUCGCCUAUGGAAGCAGAAUGGAGUCUUAGCAGUUUCUUGUGCUCAAGAGGGAGUAUUUUAUGUGAAGCCAGCAACUAGCAAAAGCAAGUUGUGACUGAGAUGGCUAAUUGUCAAUUAACCUACCUCAGCAUUUUUAGCAUGUAUUUACUAAUGUAUUGUCUCAUUUGUCAAGGGAUGAUAGCUGUAAUAUUGUAAGUCUGUUUGUUUUCUGUGAAGCUUUUCCAGUAAUUCUCCUCAUAUUCAUACAAGAAAAAAAAUCCAUGUAUAAUAGUUUUAUAAAAUAGAAGCAACAGACUCGAGAGACUCAGCGGGCCUGUUCUUUGGAGUUCCAAACAAGAAUUAUACAGGGCUCAAUGGUAAAUCUUUGUCUGUCUGUCUGUCUCUCUCCACAUCCCUACGCCUUCGAUACUGGUAAACCCGUUGAGUCUUUAGCUGUUUCUCUUUUUUUUAAUAGAUGUUCAGUAGCUUUUGUUUUUACCUACCUCUUUUACAGUGCUUUUGAUCAUCUGCCCAGGCAACUCAAAUGUAACUUGGUAUCAUCUUUUGUUUUAUGUUCCCUGUGAAGUACGUUGGGAUGUUUUAUUACAUUAAAGGCCAAAUAAACGGAAACUGUUAUCACCAGGAGCCAAUCAGUUUUACAGUAUUUCAAUGCAGCUAGAGCAGCUGCAGACUUCGAGUGCCGAGUCAUUGCCAUUUCUCAGAUGUAUUGCACUUGUGUGAGACUGACUUCGGCCCAUAGUAGCACAGGCACCUGCUGUUCCAUAUAAAUGAAGGAACCUUUCCCAAACUACUCAAUCCAGAAGAGCUUCCUCAAUUCCAACACAUAAUCUGGGAUCAAAGACAUACAUUUUCUGACUUUACGGUAGUUAUUAUAUCUCUGCCUCCCAUGCCAUUUUAAGGGCCAUGUCUACAUGGAAUUUCCAACUUUCAUUGCCAUGUGCAGUGAACCCAGAAUUAAUAUGUCCAGUAACCAGAUGAUUUGGGCAUACACUUGCACAUUCCAAUGUAAGAAAAAAAAAUCCAGGUGUUAUACAAAUUCAAUUGUCAAAUUUCUUACUUAUAUUUAUACUCUUGAAAGUGUUAGUUUAGUGUUAUCGUCAGCGGUUGCCCUCCUUUAGCUAUUAAAUGACCAUUCUUUAUGUGAUUUUGGACGGUGUUUCUGCAAACUGUUUUGCUAUGUCAUGUCCGAAAUGAACCCGUUUGUUCUUAUGACCACAUGCAUGUUUUGCAGUUGGCAUCAUGGGGAGAUAGAAUCCCGUUUUUUUUUUCCAUGUCUUUUGUUGUUACCGGGUACCUUAACAUAAGGCCCCAACUGACCUUGGCUGAGAUCAGCUAGUUUUGAUAGGCCAAAAAGUGAAUCUUGGACCAUACAGUAAGUAUGACUUAAUGUUUAUGCAUUAAUAAGUCUUCACCAGUUGGGUUACAGGGUACUUCAUUUUGUCAGAUGUUACAGCAUAUUUAUUUUAUAUUAAUGCAUUGAUAGUCAUGGUUUAACAAUGAGAGAAUUGAGAAAAAUAAAGUCAAAAUAUGAUUAAAGUCUGUCACAACUGGAGGAUUUGGGCAGCAUGGAUGUAAUAUCAUUUCUACAUUCCAUUAUG